AGGACUUUGUGUGGUUAAGCCUGCGACAGAGCAGGUUUGGAAGUCUGUGCCUUCCUAUCCAGCAUGUCCGCCCCCGUUAUUAACCCCGCUAUUUCGAGAAACUUCCAGCCCCCUUUUCCACGUCACCUCAAGGAAUCUUUAAAGAGUCCGCCGCCUGAAUAAAAUGUUUCAGUAUUCGACACCUCGCAACAUGAGCGGCAUGAAGACGACGUCCCCGUUACUGACAAUGACAAACAAUGACAACGACCCUCUUCCCCUCGGAUGGGAAGUAAAAAUUGACCCUCAGACUGGAUGGCCCUUUUUCGUCGAUCACAACAACCGUACGACAACCUGGAAUGACCCGAGACACGACACGAAAAAGGUAAUAGAGCGCCUGGAUAAACUUGGUGUGCCAAUGUUGACGGCUCACGGCUGUAGCACUUGUAGGCUGGACGACUUUGGUGGAGAUGUGUCGGCUGUAGGGCGCAUUUUGGGGCUCGGUAUUUGCUGUUAAAGCGGCAGGAGCGCUGUGCUGCAUCAGUGUUACAUAUCACUCUUGUUGACCGGGGGCCUUGUCGGUCUGCCACCGUCACCCCUGGACAAAUAGCUCAUAAACCUAUUAUAACGGGUGAUCAACCCUGUUAUGUUUCCGAGUCAUGAUCCUGCUCCGGGCUAUUUAUUACUCGAUGAGUCACCCUGCAGUACGUAAGGGCUAUCUGAUGAGCCUCAGUGUCUGGAGAACGUUUGUUAGGCAGCAUAGUGGAAAAAAGUGCGACCACCAGCUCGUGACAAACUUUUCCCUUACAAGGAUUGAGGCAGGUUAAGUUCACUUUGGCCGUGUAGGCACCAGUGCUAUGCGCUGGUAGCUCGGUCUAUCAAUUUGGUGUCUUUAAAUGGCCUAUACGGUAGGCCCAUGUUGUGAAAACCUACAGAUAUUCAGAGGACACUCAUGGGUGGAAGUUUGCCGUGGGCUUCAGGCUGCCAAUAGGCUGUGUUUCGUCUUGGAGAUAGACCGUUGUCCAAAGUUAGUGUCCAGAAGAAUCUGCCAGAAAGACAGCUGUCAUGGGAUAAAAUUGGUGCACUGUCCCGUAAGAUGGCAGAAGGCAAAGAGUCGAUCACAGCUUCUCAACUUUGGUGUGAAAAUGCAGCUCAUUUCUUUAAAUGUUAUGACGUGAAACAAUAAACUGUUAGAUUUGAUAUAUAAGGGACUGAAGUAAAGGUUUUAUCACAUUACAAACAGCCUUAUAUUUCAAAGUCUGUGCACUUUAUUAGGCUAUCAGCUGACCUGUUGCUUCUCCUUUGCUGACACAGGCUGGUGAGUAGUUAGUCAUAACACCGUGAAAACGGUUAUAUUACAAGUUACCCUAAGCAGUUGUGAAACUUAUACUCACUCAAACUCCAAAUUGUUCCUAUGGAAAAUGUUGAACUCUCUCAUGCAGUAAAUUUUAAAUGUAUUUCUUGUGAGAGUGUACUUUUACUUCAACAGCACAUCGAUGAGAAGAAUUAGCUUUACUGUUAUUACCAAGCUGGUAUACAACAUGAUUCUGGGGUUAUCUUCUCUUUAAUUAUAUUAAUGUAAAGUAAUUUAAGUGUUUGUAAGUUAGUUCUUAAAGUCAGAAAAUCAGAAAACGAUUCUGAUUGGAGUUGCAUUGAAACUUAAGGUUACUCCAAGUUACACAAGUUACAUCAGUUAUCUUUAUGAUCACAUAGGUACAUAUAAAUAGGACAUUUCAAACUAUUUUUCAUUUCUGGUUGUUUGUGUAAACUGCAAAGCCAUAUAUUAUUAAAAAUAAAUAAAAAGAAUGUUUAAAUUAGUUAAGUUAACUUUGUAAUGGAGAGUUAAAAUUGAUCCCAGUUGUAAAUAGUCUUUUGGUGAUGAAAGUACUUUGACAGAUCUUGGUUGAAGUGCUGGUUCUUCCUUCACAAGGUUUUCUGUGUGUUUGAAGGAUUUUUUUCAAUAAUUUAUCACUCGAUAGUGGACAGUGAGUCUGGGAGUGAUUAAAAUGCCAACAAAGGCUUAUCUGUAAAUAACUCCCUAGUUUGAAAUGUUACAAAUACUUUAUAAUUUAGCUAUGCAUUCAAGAAGCAACAUUGAUGUUGCCUCAAAUGAUCACAGUGGAGUUUGCUUGAUUUAGUAUCAACAACAAGAGUUCUUCCUCAUAUUUGUAAAGAUAUACUGAGCGAUUAUUUAACGUGUUAUAGCAGCUUAUCAAUUCACCACAUUAUUUAAUGUGUUUUAGGAUAAAGAAGUGUCAGCAAAUGGACCCAACAUACCCCCAGAGCCAAGCCCUCAGGAUUCACAGAAAAGCUUUUUUAGGGAGAUCAAGCACCCUAUUCUUCGCCCAGGUUAUGUUCCCAUACCUGUCUUCCAUGAGGGUGCAGAACCGAGGCAGCAACAAGAGUCAUGCUAUUCCUACAUCCGUCCAAGCCAUGCACAGAGUAUUCGCACAGAGGGUCAAGCACCAUCUCCAACACCGGGACUCCUCUGCAGGCCCAGAUCACCAUUACAUGGACCUUCAGAAAGUAGUCCUACUGAACCCGUAAAGGCUGGCUUACCUGUUGCACAAACAGCAGAGGUUGGAAAUAACAAAUAAAAAUCUACAAGCUGUUCCGUUAUUGUGAAACUAAUACUGACUACUGUAUUGUUUCAAUUUCAUUUGUUUGACAGGUUUUAACCCCUCCUCAUCACCAACCCUCUCGGCCCAAUAACAUUGGUCUUCAAGCAGGGUACAUCCCCAUCCCAGUGAUCCAUGAGGGUGGAGGAGGCCAAACACAUACACAAGCACAGUUGAAUCCCUCAGUUUACUCUCAGCGCGCCCCUUUCUCAGAGCACCAGCAGCCCUUCCAUCGCUUUCAGGCAGACGAAUGGCCGAGCUACCCUGCAACAACGCAUCCUCCCCGGGAAAGGGCUUCUCCGAUAUUGCCUCCCCAGCAUCGUGAUGCUCCUCCUGUUAACCUCCCAUCUCAUAUUAGAAGCCAGUCACCCAUUAUAACACAAACUCUGGGAGAACCACAGGUACUUUUAUUCCUCACUAAUACAUUUAAAUUCUUCUUGAUUUUUACAAAGGUGUGAUGUGUAUGUGUCGCCUUAGAAAUUGAUGGAUUUUUUGUUUACCCCAAGGUCCAGCAGCAUAUUUUCACAAGAGACCAGCCCCCCAAAAUGGACCAGGAACAUCUAAGCACUCAGCAGAAACCUGAAAACAUGCCACUGCAUGUGGGUGCUGAUGUCCUCCGGCUUCAGCAACCUCAACAGUUCCAAAAGCUUCCACCUGAGCAACCUCUCCAGUUCCACCAACCUCAGAAGCUCCAGCAGCAGCAACAGUUCCAGCAGGAACAACACCAGGCAGCCCCCCCGCCUCAGCAUCCUGAACAGUUAAUCCAGCCACAGCAGCAGCCACAGCAACCCCCAAAACCAGAGAAAACACAGCAAAGUGCAGAUAUUACAGUUCAAAUGCCUUUAAAGCCAGAAGCCCCAGACAUAACAGCAGCACCCCCUGAGAUGAAAGCAGAGGGUGAGCAGGGUGCUCAGUGCCAGAUCCAUCCAGGUUUGGCCAAAGUACAGCAGAUAGUGGAACGGGUCCUGAAACUGGAGCAAGAAGUGAAAAUUUUCGAUGGAAAGAAGAAUGAUAAGAAAUACUUGUUGCUGGAAGAGCUGCUGACUAAAGAGCUUUUAGCACUAGACUCUGUUGACCCAGAGGGUCGUGCAGAUGUAAGGCAAGCAAGACGGGAUGGAGUCCGUCGUGUCCAAAACAUACUGGAAGAACUAGAGCAACUGGAGGAGCAGCCUGUCAGGUCUGCCAGCCAGACCUCAAUGGAGGGAGACGACCUUACACAGAAAGGAGAGCCCAGCAUGAUCACCAAAGAGAACGUUGAGCUUGCAAAAGAGAUAUCGUGAUGACUUUACAUUUAAUACUCAAGAGAAGAGAAGGAGAGCCUACUGUAUAUUUGAUAGUUAGCAAGUCUGCUCCAGUUAAGCCCCCUUCCUUUACUAAAGCAUUUGUGGAAGUUGCAUGCAUUGAUUAACAGUGUUGGUAUUUCCUGACAUUCAGCACAUAACUGAUGGUAGCUUUAGUGCAACCAUGUUUUUUCAAGCCAAUGUUAUUGCCUUCUACGUAAUGCCUUAAGAGAGAGCAGUCAUGAUGCACGUGUUGACAGCAAUUACCUGUCAGUACAAAAAUUGAGUGAGAGGCCUUUUUACAAUCAUUGACAAAUAAGUAUUUUCUUAAAAAAGUUAUAAAUACAGUAGUUGCCUUUUUGUCCAGAUCAGUUAUUGUUUGUAGUUUUUUUUUGAUCAAGUCAACUCAUCAAUAAGUAAGGGAGUGGAAGUAUUGGGGCUAAGAUAUAAUUAAGUCACUUCAAAGUUUACUCCACAGAGCAGCACUUUCUGCCAGCCUCAUGACUGUCCUGGUGCUCCUUUGUCCCAGAACACAGUAAAUAAGCUUCAGAGAAAGUACACUUUGGUGCAUUACUGAUUUUGCCCUCUUUGCACUUUGCCUUCAUUGAAAUGUCACGCAUAUCUCAUACUGCCAAGAAAUCAGCACUUAAUUUGAAAAAUAUAAGUUAAACCAGUUUUGACUGAUGUGUUUUGGUAUUUGUAUUUGCAUUGCUUUACUUGCUGUUUCAAAAGUUAUAUCAGUAUUUCUAUCAUUGAAUGGUAUUUUGGUACAGCUAUGAAUGUGUAAUGACAAAUGCAGCUUAAGUGUGUGUGUGUAAGAGCGAAACGAAAGUUUUGAAGAUGCCUUCAGCACAGGUGGGUUUUUGGUUUGGGCACUGAUUAGUGCGUGUGGUUUUGGUGGCACAGCGGGGAUCAGUUAAUUUAUUUGUGCCUUUGCUGGAAUUUCGAGUAGGGUGAGCACAGGGAGGACAUUUUCUGUUGACCACACGUUUUGGGGUAAAAUGGACAUAUAUCGCUUUUUGUGAAGUAACGUUAUUUAAUAUUAACGGGUGUAUGUGUAUGCAGCGUUGUGUUAAAUAAACAGAGUUUUGGUGCGAUAUAGUA